AUGGACAACUUCUUCUACCACUCAAAUCCAAGGUUGGGAUCUGAUGGGGGCCUCGACACUGAAAGACAACUCCUGACUGAGGAGCAGAAGAUGUGCAAAACGAGGGCCCGCAAGUUUUCUCUGGAGACCAACCGCCGCAGAAAGGCGCUGGAUGAACGGCGGAGGCAGUGGGACAUGCAGGAGCAGCAGCUGCGAGAACACAUCUUACAGCAGCGCAGGCAGCAGGUGCAGGAUGUGACCGAGCGCUUCCAGAGGGCUCAUCUGCCUUCGUCUCAGAGACGGAGGCAAUCAAUGAGAAGAAAUGUCAUAAAUCUUGACGAUGCACUCAACCACAUCCGAUGUACUUCAAGCAUACACAGCCGGCAGAACUCAUUUACCAACAACUCCAACAUCAGCAGCUGCACUCCUUCUCCUAAGCCUCCCACUGUUUCUAAAUCCUCCCUCCACCAAGCGCUGUCCGCCGUGGAAGCCUACACCCAACUGCAACAGGAUCAGAGCAGAGCGGAGAAGCAGCAAGAUCACAGUCCACAGGGCAGCCACGUGUCGGAAUGCUGUAAUUCUGAGAGCCUGUCAAGUAAAGACAGCUUGGAUAACGAGGACCUCGAACCCAGCACCAAGAAUCCUCAGUCUUCCUUUUCAUCUUUCUUCAUCGGCUCGGAAAAGACCCACCCGGACCUGAGAGAGCAGAGCGAUCUGUGUCCCCCAGCCGACCUGACGCCGUUCUCGGGGAUGCUCCUUCUCGCCGACAACUUGGCCCCGUCAAGAAAACAGUUUGAGCCCAAGCCGAAGAAACAGGAGGACUCGGACUGGCCUCAUGAGAAGAUGCAUAUUCCCAAACCUUCUUGGGAGUACACGUCUGUUCAGAAAACAGCCAAAGCAGACACGCGGCCUGCUCUGCACAACUGUAACAUCUUAGCUGUUUGUGAACUUAUGAGUGAUGACUCGGAGGACUUUAAAACAAACUCCCCUCAGAGCAGUUCCAGGGAACACAUCAUUACUACUGGAGAUACGUCUGGAAACGCGACAAAUCUUGAGUCCGCCUGUCCCGAGCAAGAGACUCUGUUGGAUAUCAAAGAGCAGAAGAACCAUGAUGUCAAGCUACUAAAAUAUCCGUCAGCUACAGAAAUCCCUUCGCCUGCCAAAAAUGGCAACGGCAAAGACGUGUUUUUCGGGUCUACCUCAAAGCCAAAUAUUUUCCUAAACGAUAGCACAACAGAUAAUUUGGUAAAAGAAGAAACUCCUCAGCAAACAGCAGAAGACAGCCACUAUCUGUCAUCUCAGCGAGAGCCCAGCGCUUCCAUAAACAAUCUCAACAAGGGUUUAAACACGCACCACAAACAUGAGAAGUCCUUCAACGCGGCGUCGCUGCAGCAUGCAUGCUCGUCUAAUAUUCAGUCUGGAACGCACAAAUGUCAGGAGUACCUCGACGAGGAGGUACGAAAACUGCCUGUUUCAGAAGCAGCGUCUCGUCCGGCGUGUGAAGUCAGAUUCAUCAAAGGGAUCCUGAAAAAGCAGUCCAAAUACAUGUCGGGAAAUCCCACGCACGCCUGCGGAGCAGGGCACUUGAUUUUUGCCAAACAGGUAGCGUUGGCAAUCAGAGACAGCGUGGAAUUAACCAGGGCGAAAGCAAAGGACACAGAGGGCAAUAAGACUGUCAAGAAGAAGCUGCGGUGGUUUGACGAGAUGCAUGUGGAAAAAGAGGCCAAAGAGCAGAACAUGAUGAAACACGCGAGAGGCAAGUCUUCCAAUCCUCCUCAGUGCAAAAACAGCCCGGAGGACCACCAGCUGAGUCUGGCUGCAGGCGCAGGGACUCCCAAGGCCGGACCCAGGGUGACCCCUGCAGCCUCUGCCCGCUCUCACUUUACAAAAGAGGCCUGGGCAGAUGUUGGGGUUCAAACCGGCCCCCCGCAGGAGCGAUCAGAUGAGGUCAAGGUGCCACGGUGCAACACCAGGACCGGCGGUCCCAGGGUCCCUCGGAGAGAGCGCUCCGCCAGAGCCACAGCAGGUCUGGUUUCCUCGCGAACAAGAAAGGGCACCGUCAUGCGACCUCAAUCUGCCACCGAGGUGAGUCAGAUUGCCAAAGCCCAGGGGAGGGCGAUGGCGCCCCGCCCUCCUCCUCGCAUGGACUCAGUGGCCGUCAAGACGGCGUACGUCUCCAAGACCCCAUAUGGCCUGGAUCUCUCCGGUUUCCACUGCAAGCAGGCGCCGGCUGCAGAGCAGACACUGCACAGGAGCAGCUCUGAUGUCUUCCUCUCGCUGAGCACUCAUCACGCAAUCCCAGCAGACUGCAGUGUUACGUACGCACCUCUGCCACCCUCGUACAUCCCCCCCUUCUCAGAGGGCAGCUCGAAGAGCGCAUCUGGCCCGGGUCAUCAGGAAACUCACAACUGCGGCAGGAGAAGAGGGAUGGCCGUCAGUGAGAAAGGCCUCUGUUUGGAUUGCACUCCCACAGAAGAUGAGAUCUCACAGCUCUGGCACGACGUGCGCAGUGCCUUAACCACCAAGGACGCUAAAACAGCACAGAGAAGACAAGCUCCUGAGAAUGGGCGGGUUUCAAGGAAGCCCUGCGUUCAGCCCCCCGGCUCGGGGAACAGGAGACCGCUCCCCACCUCUCAGCCCUCAAAACAGACCACGCAGCUGGCCAGACCAUUUUCAGUUUCUUCCUGUGCAACGUUUCCGAAUAGAGGUUCUGAGAGUACAACCCAGUUUCACCUGGCUGAAGCGCACGCUCAAGGCCUCCUGGAAGAAGAAAGGGACGCGGCGGCCGCCAUGGAGACGGCGGCCCAAACACAGAAGCCCGGCCAGCAGCAGGGGCUCACCAACAUUUCCUUGGAGGAGCAGAAAAUCCUUCUGUCUUUGGAAAGACUCAACCACCAGCUGCACUGUGCGCAGGAAUACGUCGGGGUGAAUUCUGGCUCACGUGGUCCUGUUCUUAUCGGUGAAACCUUUGUAAGAGACAUGAAAGUCAGCCUCUACAAGCGAUGUGCGUCCUCCGCCAGCAGUCGCUCCAGAUUUCAGAAGAAAUCCUGAUCUGCAGCUUGUGUGGUCCCUGCAUAUUGUGCUGCAACAUAAUGUGUAACUAAGCACUUUAUUACCCUGCAAAAUAGAUUUGACCAAAUGUGCCUACUGCAGAAACGUCAUGAUCGGAGAGAUAAACAGCUUUGAGCUGCAGGGGAUUUAUAAAAAUGUGCAACUUUACUAUUAAGUGAUCAGACUCUAAGUGCCUGAGAAAAUCUUGUAAACUUAAUUCAACUUAGUUUUACCCUCUUUUUUUUUCUUCCCAAUUUAGUGGAAUCUAUUAGCACUGAACUAAAUAAAGCUUCUUGACA